AUGGCCGAAGUGUCUAAAAGCAUCACCGCUCCAGAUGUUCAGAUUGAGACGGCAGAGAAAGACUUGUAUUCACUUCAAAGUGGAUCUGUGUCACAGAUCGGCGAGUCUCCUCCCGGAAUAGACGCAGAAGUUGCCCAAUUCUUCGCGGAAGCACAGUCAAGCACAAGACACAUUGUCAUUGACGAUGAGACUAAUAGACGUUUGCGGUGGAUGGUCCACAAACGCGUCCUUACGGUCAUGGUCAUCACCUACUUCGCUCAGACUUUGGACAAAGGGACCAUCAACUUCGCGUCCAUUAUGGGCAUUAUUCCUGACAACCACCUUCAUGGACAGCAAUACGCCUGGUUAACUACCUGCGUUUACAUCGCUAUCUUAAUCUGGGAGUUCCCCACCAAUCGACUAUUGCAGCGACUUCCUAUCGCCAAAUACCUUGCAUUCAAUAUUGCGGCUUGGGGCGUCGUCCUGGCAUGUACAGCUGCUUGCUCGAAUUUCACAGGUCUAGUGAUUGUGAGGACCCUCCUCGGGGUCUUUGAGUGUGUCUGCCAGCCUGCUUUCGUUUUCUUAUCGACCAUGUGGUAUACCCGCGAGGAGCAAGCCCUCGUCAUCGGUUCCUUCUACUCUAUGAAUGGUUUCCAGCAAUGUGUUGGCGGUCUGAUUGCUUACGGGAUUGCACAUAUCAACACCGCCAAACUGAAGAACUGGCAGAUACUAUUCACCAUUCUUGGCUGUCUGACAUUCGUAUGGGGGAUUUUUGUUGCUUGGUACCUUCCUGACAGCCCAAUGCGAGCACGCUGCUUUUCGCCAGAAGACCGACUUCUCCUUGCUGAGCGUGUCCGAAAAAACGACACAGGAAUCCAAAACAAGGACUUCAAAGUUCGUCUACCAGCCUUUAAAUCAUCAAGCGGGCGAGUGAUUUCCACACUAAUCCAUGCCUGGCUUAUCAUAAUAGCACGUUUAGUCGAAGCUCUCAAAGAUCUCACAGUCUGGGCUAUUGUUUUGAUUUCAUUUACCAAUGCGCUGCCCACGGGGGGAUUAGGCGCAUUUUCGAAUAUCAUUCUCACCGAGUUUGGAUUCUCUCAACUACAAACGUACCUGCUAGCAAUUGCUCAAGGUUUGAUCAUGCCUUCUAUCUUCGCUGAACUGUUCGUAACGGUUCCCAGGCGCUAUCGUGAGCAUACCAUGCCUGGUGUAUUAUUGCUUUCGCUACUAAUGUUUGCUUUUGUGAAGAUUAUGCUCUUCCUUUUCAGUGCGGCUUAUCUCUCUAAGAAGUUCAACCAGAGGCUACUUCUCGCUUUCAUAUAUACGCUUCCCAAUAUCGCUGGGACUAUCGUCUUUAUAUGUGUCCCUGCGAACCCAACAACGAAAGUCGGCCUGCUGAUUGCAUUCUACUGCACCCAGGGCUUUGGAGCUGUCGCUGUUCUCAAUUUAGCAGUAAUGUCAGGUAAUAUUGCGGGGAGGACCAAGCAAGUUAUCGCUUCUAGUCUUUGUUUCGUAGCUUGGGCGGUGGGCAAUGCCAUCGGUCCACAAGUUUUCCAAGACUCCGACAAACCUCGUUACAUCCGGGCUUUCAUUGUUCAUCUGGUGGUCUAUGGGGUCCAACUUGCAACAAUCGCGUUCCUGCGGUUGCGUUUACUACGGAAUAAUGUUCUGAAGGCUAGGGCACAGGCAUCGGAGGCGAACGGCGAUCUCAGUGAUAGCUCGGCUCACAAACAUGCUUUUGAUGACCUCACCGACCAAGAGAACCCAGAUUUUCGCUAUGUGUAUUAA